AUGUCUACACAACGCACCAUGUCAACAACCAUCAAUACAUUGAUGAAGCAAUUAAAAGAAAACCCUUUGAAUUGGGCACUCAUCGCUAUACUAGCCUAUGUCAUUAAAUCAUAUGCAAGCUCAAGCAAGCCAGCAGUUCAAGAAGCAAAGCAUCCAGAAGUGAUGGUUUUCAGGAAUUAUACACCACUGGACCUUUUACCUUUUGAUGGUCUUGGCAAGGAGGGCCGUAUUUUAAUGGCUGUCAAUGGGUCCAUCUAUGACGUUACUCGAGGUAGAAACUUUUACGGACCAGGUGGACCUUAUGCUAAUUUUGCUGGACAUGAUGCUUCUCGCGGAUUGGCCAAGAAUUCAUUUGAUGCUGAUAUGCUGACUGAUCCCAAUGAACCGAUUGAUAAGCUGGAAGAUCUUGCCGCUGAUGAAUGGGAGUCAUUAAGAGAAUGGGAGCAACACUUUGCUUCCAAGUAUCUCUUUGUUGGUAAAUUGAUUGAAAAUCACCAGUAA